CUCUCUCUCUCUCUCUCUCUCUCUCUCUCUCUCUCUCCUCUCCGACUCUCCGUCUCUCCGUGAUGGCGACGAGAUCUGAUUCCGGUGAAUGUUUUGGGCAGGAGAAAACUUCGCUUUCUCAGGAUGAUUUUGCAGAAGACUCCUUAAAGAUCGUUUCUUUGCCGCCAGUAGAGAAGGACUAUGGUGGAGAGAUAAGCCCAAAGAAGCAAGUCAAGUCUUCGCCUUUUACUUCUGUUUCCGAGAAAGAUGGAGAAAUUGCCCAUGCGGAUUCUGUUGAAGUUUCUUUCUCCGAAACAAGUUUGUUGCUUUCCAAAGAACCCGAUGCGAUGGAUGUGGAUUGUCCUGCAGUCUUUUCUGUGCCUGAAGCUGGCUCCGCGUCUCUCGAAGAGGAAAGGAUUGGUGAACAACUGAAGCCGAUCAAGGAAACGUUUGCUGCAAACAUCUCUGAGAUUUCUACAGAAGGCGAUCAAUUUGGAGAUGAUGUGCACAAGAUGGAGGAGGAAGGUGUUGAGACUGAUGGGUCCGUUGUUUGUAUCUCUGAAAUCCAAGGCGUGAAAGAAAGUUUGAACUCCGAGAAGAAGGGACAAGAUUCUGAUGUCCAGAGACUUUUGGAGGCUGAGAAGAGAAGAUUGUUGGCUGAAAUCGAAGUUGGGACGAUUUUCAGGAUUAAGGACGAUGUGGGCAAGCCCGCUAUGGCUUCUGAUUCCCAUAAGAUCGAAAAGAAUGGGAAUGGGAAUGGCUCUGAAGAGCAGCAUGAGAAAAUGGAAAGAGUGAGUGUAAAGGACAAUGCUUUUGUUGGGAGAUCUGUGAAGAUCGAUUUGGUUGAUGAUACUGCGUUGCUCAAUGUUGUUCCUUUCUCCAAGAAAGGUAAAGAUCAUCCUAAGAGACCAGGAACUGCACACGCUGAGAAGGAUACACCAAGAAAGCAUAAGAAAACUGGAGAGAAACCAAUUGGUGGGAAGCAAGAUAAAGGAAGUGCUUCUAACGUUGUUGAAGGGAAUGCAUCAACCAAACUUUCUGAAACAAAUGGGAAGCAGUUGCGGAUAAUGUACACUAGAAACCAAAUGAAGUCGAUGAGGAAUGCCCAGUCUGCGAAUCAGAAGAAACUAUGGAGUGACAUGUAUGCUAGGCUCCCACCUGAGCUGGUGACCGAGUACGAAGGUCUAGUUAGCUUGAAGAAUCAAAAGACUUCAAAGUCUAAUCUGAGGGACAGUGGCAUCGGUAUUCUCGACACCAAAGAAGGAAUGGAUGACUUAACUCUUGAAGAAGAAGAGGAUUACACUGAAGAUAAUGACGAUUACAAUAGCAUUUUGAAACCUGCGUUUGCGGUGGAUGGAGAACCUGAUUUUGAUUCUGGACCACCAGAAGAUGGGCUUGAAUAUUUAAGAAGAGUCAGGUGGGAGGCUAAGCGAGUUCCGAAUGUAAAAGUAGCCAAGCUAGAUGGAAGCAAGUACAGAAAGAAAGAGCAAAGUGUUUACAUGCCACAAAUACCUGAAAUCCACAAAUGCCCAGAGCACCUGUUACCAGUCAAAGAAUGGGAAGACUCAUUGCUUUCUGACUUCUUACAACUUCGCCUGGCUUUAUCGCAAGAUGCCAACAAGUAUUGUGAGGAUGAGACCAUGUCAAGUCAGUCUAUAGAAGAUGUGCUCAUGGAGAUAUUGAAGAAGCGUCUCCACACAGUGACAGAUGAGUCAUUCGGUGAGGUGGUUUCAGACAUACAAGGAAUGGACUCGGUGACGCGGGUAUCGAAGCUGAAAAAGCGUAUAUGUUUGGUUGAGAAGGAGAGCGGUUUACAGAGCAGUGACUUCAAAUGGAUAGUAGCAUUGUGUGCAUCAGUGGAUACUCCUUUGGAUGCUGAUACUUGUGCUUGCCUCAGGGCUCUUCUGAGGAAGUGUGCGAGUCUUCGUGCGUUAGAGGUUGAAGAUGAACAAGUUAUCAUCAUGGCAAAUAUGCUCAUCACCAUCGCAGGCAGAUAUUUUGGCCAAAUGGAAUAAGAGAAGAAGUUUAGUUGACGAGUGAUACUCUUACUUUGAAUUUGUCAUUGUUGAAGGAAGAGGAAUUACAUUACUCGAAAAAAAAAAAAGAAGAAUUACUUUACAAUGUUACCUUCAGUAUCCAUGAUAUUAA